CCUCCUAGUCCUAGUCCUGUCCUACCCUUCUCUUUUCCUUUCUUUUUUUCUUAGCCCUUUCACAUGCUCCCCCCUUUCUUCUUCUCUCAACAAAUUUACAGAUUAAAAUCUUUUUAGUGUAAACUGUAAUCAUUAAUCAUUACAAGCAUUUAAUGCCCAAAAGCUGAACCAAUUUUCCUUUUUUUAAUUAAAACAGCUGGUACUAAAUGCUAUCACUGUCACUCUACUGCAAUUGCAUCUCUUAUACUACAUCAGAUACACUCCUAUUUGGAGUGAGUAGUACUCUGCAAACACUGUUUCUAGGGUUUUGCUCCUUUUUCUUCUACCCUAUUCCUAGGGACUAGGGUUCUUUUUUCAUCUUUGUUUCAUUAUAUUUGGGAAAAAGCCCUGAAUUUUGAGGAGAUUAACUGCUGUUACUUGUGGGUUUUUGUUGUUCAGAACUGGUGUUUCUGAUACAUUCAAUCUAAAGUUUUAAUUUUGACGGCGGUUGAUUUGGGGGUUUUAAUGAAGUGGGGUUGAUGUUAAUUUGGAGAUCUUGGUUGAUUUUGUGAAAAUUGGGGUGGGGAUUUAAUUGGGUUUAUGUAGGGUUUGAUUAAGCAUUGAAUUGGGGUUUUUUUCAUUGAAAAGAGAAGAUUGUUGAAUUGGUGAGUUUCAAACAUGCAUUUUGGAAAGCUGGAUGAUUCUCCUAUGUUCCGUCAACAGCUGCUAGGCUUGGAAGAGAGUGCAGAGUCAUUAAGGGAGAGAUGCCAAAAAUUCUACAAAGGAUGUCGAAAAUACACAUGGGAAAAGUGGGCCUUAUUUAUCUCUGUCAUACUCUCACUUACAUUGCGUGACGAAGGGCUUGGUGAAGCAUAUGAUGGUGACAUCGCAUUUGCUAGUGCUUUAGAAUCAUUUGGAGGAGGUCAUAAUGACCCAAUAAGUGUUGCCUUUGGUGGUCCUGUCAUGACAAAAUUUACUAUCGCACUAAGAGAGAUUGGGACUUACAAAGAGGUUCUACGUUCCCAGGUUGAGCACAUGCUUAAUGAUCGACUGUUACAAUUUGUCAAUAUUGAUUUGCAUGAGGUUAAGGAAGCACGCAAACGUUUUGACAAGGCGAGUCUAACAUAUGAUCAGGCUCGUGAGAAGUUCCUAUCACUUAGGAAGGGAACAAAAAGUGAUGUUGCUACUGUCUUAGAGGAGGAGUUACAUCAAGCAAGAACGACAUUUGAGCAAGCUCGCUUCAGCCUGGUGACUACUCUUUCUAACAUUGAAGCAAAAAAGAGAUUUGAAUUCCUUGAAGCAGUUAGUGGGACCAUGGAUGCACAUCUGCGUUACUUCAAGCAGGGUUAUGAGCUGUUGCAUCAGAUGGAGCCAUAUAUAAAUCAGGUCUUGACCUAUGCUCAACAAUCAAGAGAAAGGUCCAAUUAUGAGCAGGCAGCUCUUAGUGAAAGAAUGCAAGAGUACAAAAGACAGAUUGAUCGAGAGAGUAAGUGGUGUUCUAAUGGAUCUAAUGGGUCUCCAAAUGGUGAUGGUAUACAAGCAAUUGGUAGAAGCUCACAUAAAACAAUAGAGGCAGUUAUGCAAUCUGCCGCAAAAGGGAAGGUGCAAACCAUAAGACAGGGUUAUCUCUCAAAACGAUCAUCAAACUUGAGGGGUGAUUGGAAGAGAAGGUUUUUUGUCCUUGAUAGUCGAGGAAUGCUUUACUACUACAGGAAGGAGUGCAGCAAACCAUCUGGAUCUGGUCCUCGUAAUUCAGGUCAAAGGAAUAGCUCUGAACUUGGCUCCGGAUUGUUAAGUCGCUGGCUGUCAUCACAUUAUCAUGGCGGGGUGCAUGAUGAAAAAUCUGUUGCCCAUCAUACUGUCAAUCUGCUAACUGCAACAAUUAAAGUUGAUGCUGACCAAUCAGAUCUACGGUUCUGUUUCAGGAUAAUUUCACCAACAAAAAACUACACUUUACAGGCAGAGAGUGCGUUGGAUCAAAUGGAUUGGAUUGAGAAAAUAACUGGGGUCAUUGCUUCAUUGCUAAGUUCUCAAACUCCAGAGAGGUGUCUCUCUGCUAAUCCCAUGGGAAGUCUUCAUCGAUCUACCAGUGAGAGUAGCUCUGUCGAAAGUUGUGAUUUUGAUCAUACCGCAAAUGAAGAUAACAUAUCAGACAGGUGCCUCACUGUUGCACAUCAUGACCGCUCAUCGAGGGGUUCACUGCAACAACGAUCAUUUACCAAGUCUGAAAAGCCAAUCGAAGUGCUGAGGAGGGUUGGUGGUAAUGACAAAUGUGCCGAUUGUGGUGCUCCAGAACCUGAUUGGGCUUCAUUAAAUCUUGGUUUACUUGUCUGCAUUGAAUGUUCCGGUGUUCAUCGCAACCUUGGUGUCCACAUAUCAAAGGUCAGAUCACUUACACUUGAUGUUAAAGUUUGGGAGCCCUCAGUUAUAUUACUGUUUCAGUCUUUGGGAAAUACCUUUGCAAAUUCAGUAUGGGAAGAACUUUUGCGCUCAAAAGGUGCUUUUCAUGUUGAUCUAUCGGCUGUAAGCUCAUUGAAGGUUGAUAAAUCACAGCAGCUUUUCAUUAGCAAACCUAGUGCUGCUGAUUCGAUAUCAAUAAAGGAAAAGUUCAUUCAUGCAAAGUAUGCAGAAAAGCUUUUUGUUCGGAAGCCAAAGGACACGCAACACCUUCGUUUGUUGGCACAACAAAUCUGGGAAGGCGUGCGUAAUAAUGACAAGAAAGCAGUUUAUAGAUAUAUUGUAAACUUUGAAGCAGAUGUUAAUGCCGUGUACGAGCUUGCAUCCUCGAGCUCUUCUCUAACACUUGCAAAGGUGAUGCGGCUACCCGAGCAAACGAGUCAAGGACCAGAGCAAAUGAGUCAAGCACCUAACACUAGUAAUUGGACAGGGGACCUGUCAUGCAAAUCCUCCGAGAGCUCAUCUAGUUUAUCGGCUGAAAAUGAACUACUGAGUGUGGAGGAUCUAGAUGGAUGCUCUUUACUCCACCUUGCAUGUGAAUAUGCUGACAUAGGCAUGUUGGAGCUCCUUCUGCAGUAUGGAGCAAAUGUAAAUGCAUCUGACUCUAGAGGUCAGACACCACUUCAUCGAUGUAUUUUAAAAAGAAAGGCAUCAGCCGCAAGAUUGCUUCUCUUAAGGGGUGCAGAUCCGCAGGCUGUGGAUAGAGAAAGUAGAACCCCUCUUGAUAUAGCCAAGGAAUCAAAUUUCGACAACCCUGAGGUACUUUCCUUGUUGACUGACUUUAGAGGAUAACGAUCACUCGGGAAGAGUUUUGGUGGAUUUGGAGGCUCGUAGUAUAUAUUUUGAAGCUGGUGGUGCUGUAUUUAUUAAUAGGUUGUCUAGAGCUUUAUUUAUUUAUUGUAUAUUUUCGUGUUGUUUUGAAUCGUGAUUGAGUAUUUCUGAAGAAGUUUGAGUACGAAACAGUUUCUGGGUCGUCUCAACAUAUAGUGUGCUAGUCGUAGAUCUUUGCAAGCACAUGAGUUUAGGUUGUUGUGUGUACAUUAUUUUACCGUUAACUCAAUUUUUCUUCUAGAUAAGUAGCUUGGUAAUCAUGCUUCCUGUAUGUAACUUGAGAUUGAAAGAAAAAACGUCGAAAAAAGAACAGAUAAUGAAAAGCGAGCGAUUUGUGGUGUC